AUGUCCUUUUCCACGACUGCCACUUCCACAGCUGUCAAGCCGGCCAGGUCCAACUUCUCGCGCUCGCUGCGCCGGCCAUCCAACAUUUCGUCGACACCCGACCUGGGAUCGCUCUACUCAGCCCAGCCGAAGCUGCUGCGCAAGACGUCGCUUGCGGCCCUGACUCCGAGCUCCUUGGCCAGCAUCCCCGAUGGGAGCGAGAGCUACGCCAUCGACUCCGUUCUGAACGAGAUUUCCGAAAACACCAUUCCCGAGGAGGAUCCUGCGACGCCGCCCGCCAUGGAACUAUCUGUCGGCGACUCUGUCAACGUGCCGGGAGGCAUGGUCGGUACCGUCCGCUUUGUCGGCACCGUCCAGGGGAAGAAAGGCACCUUCGUCGGCGUCGAGCUAGAUUCGGAAUUUGCGGCGAGGGGGAAGAACAACGGCGACGUUGAUGGCGUCUCCUAUUUUUCGACCAAUGUCUCUGGCGCCGGUAUCUUCGUCCCGGUCGCCAAAGCUCUUCGAAGGCCCUCCGGCUCAUCACCCAAGACGCCAACGCCAAAUGCUGCGAGCGGCCUGAAGCUUGGCAAGAGCAAUUCAGUCAGCCUGAAAUCCCCAACAUCAAGCCUGUCCAAGUUAAGCGCCUCGGUUGGGGCUGGUUCUCGGGUUCAAAGCCCAAAAGGUAAAAAGUCGCAACCCUCGCUCCAACGCCCCGAGUCCGAGUCGCCACAACGGAAGUUGGCCAUGUCACCCGGGCCACGGCCGUCCAUUUCAGCGCCCGGAAUCAAAGCUCCUCCAAGAUACGGUAGCCCGACAAAUCGACUUGCGCAGAGCGUGCGCGGAACUGCUGGGCACAUGGGCGAUCCCAACAAGGGCGCGGCGAUGGAACGACGGCCAAGCUUUGGGCCUCGUAGCACAUCCUCUCUGGGCCCCGAGCCACUCUUUGACGAGGAACCUAACCCAAUAACAAUGCCCCCUCUGCCGACAAAGAGCAACACAGGCUUGGGAUCGCUAUCAUUGCGGCCGCCAUCUCGAGCGACUAGCAUUAACGACGAGGAGCUCGAACGAUUGCGCGCCCAAUUAGAGGAUAGGGAUCGGCAACUCAAAGAACAGGCCGCAACAUUGGCAGAAAUGGAGAGCAGUCUAACUGAGCUUCAAACGCUAAUAGAGCACCCCGAUGGACUAAGGCGGAGCAGCAUAGACGACAAAGAUGCAACUCAGCUUCGACACAUGCUACGAGAAAAGAAUGAAAAAAUUGCCAUGCUUGCAGCGGAAUUCGAUGCCCAUCGAGCGGAUUUCCGGAGUACCAUUGACACGCUUGAAAUGGCCAGCACAGAAACUGAACGAGUAUAUGAGAAACGUAUAGAAGAGCUUAUAGCAGAUAUCCGUGAGCUUGAAUCGAGAAACUUGGAUGUCGACUCUGUAGCAACACAACUGAAACAGCUAGAAGAGCUGGUGCAAGAGCUUGAAGAAGGGUUAGAAGACGCUCGCCGUGGCGAGGCUGAGGCUCGCGGAGAGGCCGAAUUUUUGCGAGGGGAGGUCGAGAGAACUCGGUCAGAGCUUCGGCGAGAGAAGGAAAAAGUCGUUCCUCAUAAUAUAUCGGCUUUGAGUGGCGACUCCGCGGUGCUGGCCAAGGAGCUGGAGCAGAAGGAAGACGAGAUUCGAGGACUGAAGGCUAUUAUCCAUUCCCUUAGUCGAGACUCAAUUCCUGGCGCCGAGGGCCACGCUCCUAGGCCGCGACCCGGCUCAUUAAUUGGCGAAAAAGAUGCUAUUGAGAACAAAAUUGCUCGAGAUAAUCUAGAGAGACAAGUCGCUGAGCUUCAACAUAUAAUCAAGGAGAAGAAUCACAAAGAGGAGGAGCUGCAGCAUGAGAUUGCGUUCUUGCGCUCAAACAGCAUCAACUCGAGUCGUGAUUCAGCCCCUAUUCGGCGAUCAUCCAUACGGAACUCUCGAGAAACGGUUACACCCGUCCAGCCUCAGGAGCCAAAAUCUCCGAAUCUCUCACACAAGCGAGCAAGCACCCUCGAGACGAUGAACGAGAGUGACACCUAUUCGACUGCCACCGAGAGCAGCACUCUUUGGUGCGAGAUCUGCGAGACAGGUGGUCAUGAUAUCUUGACUUGCACAAAUAUGUUUGGCAACGAUAACGCAAAGAGUUCCAAGAACAAGAAAAACGACCAAGAAGAAGAGGAGGAUGACGAAGAGGGAGAGGAAGAACGUAGACAGGAAGCGGAUAGAGACACCACUCAUGAAGAUCUCAAGCCUCUUACACCCACGGGUGACGAUGUUAUUCACCAUCCCGCCGUGUUGACCCCCGGUAUUCCCAAAGAGGAGCCCGCAUCGGUUCCGGCAGUCAGAAUCAUUCCCAACCCCAUGGAAUCAGGGCCCGUCGCUGGCAAGGAGAGUGGCAUUCUGGAUCCGGAGAAGUGGUGCGCUAUAUGCGAGCGGGAUGGCCAUGAUAGCGUCGACUGCCCUUUUGAAGAUGCAUUCUAA